ACUAUUUAUAGAUCAGUUCAAGCUUUAUACACGUGCUGGCCGUUUUUCUUUUCCCUAGGCUGGGUAGUAUAUGAGGGCACUGUGUGUGACCUGACGCUGUGAGUGUUUAACUGAACACAGGUAAAUGUCUCAUUUGGGUGUGGAUCUCUGACAGAAGGCAGGAAAAUGCUAUUUUGAUUCAAGAGUCAAGACUGCUCCGAGGCGGAAGUCAUGUGUAUCACACAUUUCCAGCAUGUGUUAUAUAAGCUAAUAGGUGAAACGCAGAGUUUCCAUGACAUGUCAAAGGUAUAGGGGAGGGCGUUAGGGGGUUAAGAAUAAGAAAGAUGCAUCGUUUAUUUCAAAAAUAUAAAUUGAGUUGAAACAAAGAGCAUAUUUUGCUGUCUAGUAAUGGAAGCAAUAAGCCUCAUAGCGAGAGGUCACCUUGACAAGGAUGUUACUACUGUUGUGCUUUCAUUCAUAGGCGGUGUACUAUUGAUUUUGUUUUUAUACAUCGGCGUGAAAAGGGAGGGAGGAAAAGUAUUAUGCGGGCCAACCCCAUGGCCUGUGAUAGGCAACGUCUUACAGAUAAACCUGAAGAAGCCCCACUUGACUCUGGCAAAAUGGGCAAGAGAAUACGGCGAUGUGUAUGCCAUACGACUGUUCAAACAAAAUAUCAUUGUUUUAUCUGGAGAAGAGUCUAUAAGGGAAGCCCUGCUCCUGAGAGCCAACGAUUUCGCCGGGCGUCCCAAGCUGUACAGGACUGACCUUCAGGAACGGAGUCUACACGAUAUCGUGUGGCAGACCUUCACUCCGAGGUGGCUGGCACUCAGGAAGAUAGUCCACAGGUCUUUGAGGGCGUACGGUCUGGGCCUGAGAGAAAUCGAAGCGAAGUCCAUGCACGAGAUCAAUAGACUGCUAGAUAUAUUUGAGUCAAAGAGGGGUGCUGCGUUUGAUCCUCACAUGGAGAUCUAUACCACAGUUGCCAAUAUUAUGUUAGUCUUGCUUGUAGGCAAAAGUCUUCCUUAUGGCCACAGGGAUAUUUACAACAUCAAGCGCCUCAACGAGCUAUUUAACGAAGGUUUUAGCGCUGGACAGAGCCGUUUGUUAGAUCUGUUGCCAUGGUUACGAUAUACAGGAAUAAAAUCUUUCAACCAGUUAUCAGAAGGUCUACAAAUCAGGGAAGACUUACAUGCUAGAUACGUCGAACCUCUCAAGGGUAGUUUUGAUCCUGAGAAUGUGAAAUGUGUGGUGGAAUCUCUUAUCCUUGCUCACAAGAAUACUCACCAUCUAUCUGGUCAUGCGGGCCAUAUCGGCGAAGAGUCCAUUAGAGAAGCUUUUACAAAUUUGAUUUUGGCAGGAACCGACACAACGUUCACUGCCAUCAUCUGUUUCAUCCUCCUAAUGGCGUCUCAUCCGGACGUCCAGGACCGGCUUCGUGACGAGAUCGAUCAAGUGGUUGGCAAAGACCGCCGACCCACUCUCAGUGACCGGCAGAAUAUGCCGUACAUGGGUGCGACGCUGUUCGAACUGUUAAGAUACAUCUCUCACAUUCCCCUGGCUAUUCCGCACUGUACCACUGUCGAUACCCAGGUCAUGGGGUACUCUAUACCAAAGGAUACUCAGAUCUACAUAAAUCUCUGGGGCCUGCACCACGAUGAACGUUAUUGGGAGCGGCCGUGGACGUUCGACCCGUCACGUUUCCUGGACGAAAAUGGUCACGUACUGCCACCUGAUCAUGCUACUCGAAAAAGGCUCCUUACUUUUAGUGCAGGCCGGAGAGUAUGUCUUGGUGAGGCUUUAGCAAAGAGCCGACUUUUCCUCUUUACAUCGUCGCUACUUCAAAGGUUUACAUUACAGCCCGACGGUGUGCUACCGUCAACAGACCCGAGAGACUUUGAGAUGGGCCUAGUCCUCCACCCAGAUAACUUCAAAAUAAAGGCAGUGCCUAGACUAUGACCAUACUUUAUCAUA